CUUAUACGCUUGCACUAGAAUCUGCGGAAUUCUUUUUGUUUUGUGUGUUUACCAAGUUUACUGAAUCAAAAUGAGAUUGACCAACGUUUUACUGAAAAAAGUGAAGAGCAAGCGCAUCAUGGUUGUGCUUGAAAGUGCGGUCAGCGGACAUCAGUUUAAUGCCUUUCGUGAUCGUUUGGCCGAAAAAUUGGAGAUAAUACGCUUCGAUCCCUACAUUCAGAAAGAUAGCCUCUACCGCGAACGCAAGAAAAUCCGCAGAGCCUAA